AUGAAUACUUGUUUGAUCUUCUUCCUCUUCUACACAACAAUUCUCAAUUACUGUCUCUACUUCUCUGUUUCAUCAUCAACACCUCUUCUCCUCCAUCUCUCUCACUCCCUCUCAACCUCAGAACACUCUUCCUCUCCUCUUCACCUCCUCAAAUCAUCCUCCUCCCGUUCCUCAUCCCGCUUCCGCCGUCACCACCACAAACACCACCAAAAACAACAACUUUCCCUCCCUAUCUCAUCCGGCAGCGAUUACCUCCUCUCCCUCUCCGUCGGCUCGUCCUCCUCAGCCGUAUCCCUCUACUUAGACACCGGCAGCGACCUCGUCUGGUUCCCUUGUCGUCCUUUCACUUGCAUCCUCUGUGAAUCCAAACCAAUCCCUCCUUCUCCUCCCUCCCCUAUCUCCUCAUCUUCCAUCACCGUCCCCUGCUCUUCCCCUUCUUGCUCCGCCGCUCACUCCUCCCUUCCUUCCUCCGACCUCUGCGCUAUCUCCAACUGCCCUCUUGAUUUCAUCGAGACCGGUGACUGCAACACUUCUUCUUACCCUUGUCCACCUUUCUACUACGCUUACGGUGACGGCUCUCUCGUCGCGAAACUCUACUCCGACUCGCUCUCUCUCCCUUCCGUCUCC